AUGACCACAAUCCGUCUAACAAUCGCUUUGCACUGCCUCUGGGGAGUUGCGUGGUUUCGUGGACGCGUUGUGAAUUUUUCUGUGUUGACACUUCCUUUGAAACAUGUGAAACCGGCAAUCGGAGACAUUGUUUUUGUUUACCAAGUCGCACUCCAUUUUUUUUUUAAUUUCACAUCCUUCGUAUUCUUUGUCAAAAUGGCAGUUGACAUGUCAUACGCCAAUGCCACCAUGGAUAAUGGCCUGGCACAGUUGGUGACGAGCCACGUGAAGGGGGUUGGCAGAAUGUUCUACAUACAUUCACCUCAAGACACCAUGUUCGAGAGGCCCGAGGAGGUGCCUAACUUUUUUAGACAGUCAUGGCCAUAUUUUCUAAUAUUCAUGGUUCUGGAGCACAUAGUUUUGAGAUUGAAGGGGCAUAAAGGAAUUCGUCUGAACGACGGAAUCACCAGUAUUUCCCACGGCAUCUUCCAAGAAUGCGGCAGAUUGGUUUGGCGCGGAGCAGAAUCUUACUUUUAUAUGUGGAUAUAUACGAACUACAGAAUAGUCGAUUUGCCUUGGGAUAACACUCUCACGUGGUACGCAGCAGCAAUAGGUGUGGAUUUCUGCUAUUACUGGAUGCAUAGGGCAUGUCACGAGGUUCACAUUUUAUGGGCACAGCAUCAAGUCCACCACACCUCGGAAGAUUUUAACAUGGGCGUUGGCAUAAGGCAGUCUGUUAUUCAAGGGUGGUGUGGAUUUAUAUUCUACUUACCGCUCGCCCUUGCCAUCCCACCGGCCCAGUUUGUGAUGCACCAUCAGUUCAGCUACCUCUACAUGUUCUGGAUUCACACCGAGGCCAUCAAGAGUCUCGGCCCGCUUGAGUACAUACUCAAUACGCCCAGCCAUCACAGAGUGCAUCACGGGAGCAACAAAUAUUGUCUGGACGUAAACUACGGCGGUGUGCUCAUUAUAUGGGACAGAAUUUUUGGAACCUUCAGACCUGAGAUUGACAAGAUACAAAUUGUAUACGGUCUCAUUUACAACCAGCCAUCAUUCAACCCACUGUACUUGCAGUCCUUCUACACGGGAUACGUGGUGGAUAAAUUCAAACGUUUUGAAACGGUGGGUGAUAAAUUCAGGGCUAUAUUUUGGGGCCCCAGCUGGGAGCCGGGGACCGCUAGACUUGGCGAUGAAGAUCAAAAAAUUGACAUCGAAAUACGAGAUAAAUAUGACGUGCAUCUUCCAGCGUGGUGUAAUCUUUAUUUGGUUGCCCAUUACGCUAUCGUUUUCUAUGGAUUCUUUGACCUGACUGGUAGAUAUAUGGGCAUGACGCCGAUUUCUGUUCUCAUCUUCGUGUUUUACAUCAUCGCGUCCCUCACUAUCAUCGGUAUGCUCUUCGACAACUCCAAUUGCGCGCCACUCCUGGAAGUGAUACGCUGCUCCGUACUGGCUUUCUUCACCAGGAGCAUCACUGCCACAAACCCUGGAUUGGGUACCUCGCUGCAGCUCCUCUACGUGGCAUCAGCUAUGUUCUGGUGCAUGCACACUCUGAAAUUACUCGAGAUUAAAAAGUCUAAAGUAGAG